CUCAACAGUAAUGGGACCAAAACCUGGAAAAUGACAAAAGCAGUUUCCAGAGAUUAGCUUUGGUUACCGUUAACUUAAACCUCACCCAAAACCCCUGAAAAACCAUGCUCUCAUUGCUCUGGCUCUGCUUCUACACCUCCAAAAACCAAAAAUGGCUGCUUUUGCUAAAACCUCUCCAAUUUCUCUCCACCCAGACCAUCCCCAUCACCAAACUCCACAAACCCACAAGCCCAAAGCCCUCAGUCUCUCUCAUAACCUCCAUACCCACCACCUCUCCUUCAAAAAAACACAAGAACUUUCACUCUCAGUCAUCAACACUUCCUCAUCCUCAUCUUCUAUCACCACCCACAACCCAAACUCUGAUAUAUGUGAGCUAUGUCUUGCUGGGAACUUAGACAAAGCUCUAAAUCACUUAGACUCAAUGCAAGAGCUUCAAAUUUUUGUAGAGGAAGAUGCUUAUGUUGCUCUGCUUAGGCUAUGUGAGUGGAAGAGAGCAUAUGAUGAGGGGACUAUAGUGUACUCUUAUGUGUCCAAUUCAAACUCACGGUUGAGUGUUAGGCUUGGUAAUGCUUUGUUGAGUAUGUUUGUGAGGUUUGGUGAUCUGGGUAAUGCUUGGUAUGUGUUUGGGAAGAUGGAGGAGAGGGAUGUGUUUUCUUGGAAUGUGUUGGUGGGUGGGUAUGCAAAAGCAGGGUUUUUUGACGAGGCAUUGGAUUUGUAUCAUAAGAUGUUGUGGGUUGGUAUUAAACCUGAUGUGUAUACUUUUCCUUGUGUUUUGAGGACUUGUGGUGGUGUACCGGACUUGGUUAGGGGAAGGGAGGUUCAUGUGCAUGUGUUAAGAUUUGGGUUUGAGUCAGAUGUGGAUGUGGUGAAUGCAUUGAUUACCAUGUAUGUGAAAUGUGGUGAUGUCCAAAGUGCACGGUUAGUGUUUGAUAGAAUGCCAAGGAGAGAUAGGAUAUCAUGGAAUGCAAUGAUUUCGGGGUAUUUUGAGAAUGGAGAGUGUUUGGAAGGAUUAAGAUUGUUUUUCUCUAUGCGUGAACUAUCUGUUAAUCCAGACUUGAUGACCAUGACUAGUGUGAUCUCUGCUUGUGAGCUUCUUGGUGAUGAGAGAUUAGGGGGGCAAGUUCAUGGAUAUGUGAUCAGAACAGAGUUUGGGGCUGAUGUUUCAGUGUAUAAUUCUUUAAUUCAGAUGUACUCUAGUGUUGGGCACUGGGAUGAAGCGGAGAAAGUUUUUUCUAGAAUGGAAUAUAGAGAUGUGGUGUCAUGGACGGCCAUGAUUUCAGCUUAUGAGAAUAACAAACUGCCUGCUAAAGCUUUGGAAACUUACAAAUUGAUGGAGCUAGAGGGGGUCCUUCCUGAUGAGAUCACUCUAUCCAGUGUUCUGUCUGCUUGUGCUUGUUUAGGCCAUUUGGAUAUGGGUGUUAAACUUCAUGAGCUUGCUAACAGGACAGGGCACAUCUCAUACGUUUUAGUUGCUAACACGCUGAUUGACAUGUAUUCCAAGUGUAAAUGCAUUGACAAAGCUUUAGAUGUUUUCCACUCUAUUCCUAAAAAGAACGUGAUAUCUUGGACUUCAAUCAUGCUUGGGCUUCGGAUCAACAAUCGGAGCUUUGAGGCUUUGAUCUUCUUUCGGCAAAUGAAACUCAGUUUAAAACCAAAUUCUGUUACAUUAAUUUCUGUUUUAUCUGCAUGUGCUAGAAUAGGAGCUUUGAUGUGUGGAAAGGAGAUUCAUGCCCAUGCAUUAAGGACUGGAGUAGGGUUGGACGGUUUUUUACCAAAUGCACUUUUGGACAUGUAUGUGAGGUGUGGAAGAAUGAGACCUGCAUGGAAUCAAUUUAACACACACAAACAAGAUGUAGCAGCAUGGAAUAUUCUGCUGACGGGGUAUGCUGAGCGGGGGCAAGGAGCACAUGCUGUGGAACUAUUCCAGAGAAUGGUGGGGUCAAACGUAAAUCCAGAUGAUAUUACAUUUAUUUCACUAUUGUGUGCUUGCAGUAGAUCUGGUAUGGUGACGGAAGGUUUGGAGUAUUUUCACAGUAUGCAACAUAAAUACUGUAUCACCCCUAACCGAAAGCAUUAUGCAUGCGUUGUUGAUUUGCUUGGCCGUGCUGGGAAAUUGGAGGAUGCUCAUGAGUUUAUACUGAAGAUGCCUAUAGAACCUGAUCCGGCAAUAUGGGGAGCCUUGUUAAAUGCAUGCAGGAUCCUCCGUCAAGUUGAGCUUGGGGAACUUGCCGCACGUCAUAUCUUUGAAAAGGAUACAACAAGUGUUGGGUAUUAUAUUCUACUUUGUAAUCUCUAUGCUGACAGUGGAAAAUGGGAUGAAGUUGCAAAAGUCAGAAAGACAAUGAGACAGAGAGGGCUCAUUGUGGAUCCUGGGUGCAGUUGGGUGGAAAUAAAGGGAAAAGUUCAUGCUUUCCUUAGUGGUGAUAAUUUCCAUCCUCAAAUAAUGGAAAUAAAAGCAGUUCUAGAGGGAUUUUAUGAGAAAAUGAAGGCAGCUGGUUUCAAUGGGCCUGAAAAGAGUUCUAUGGAUGAAGUUGAAGCUUCAAAAGCUGAGAUUUUUUGUGGACACAGUGAGAGACUGGCCAUUGCAUAUGCGCUCAUUAACACUGCCCCAGGGAUGCCUAUAUGGGUGACAAAGAAUCUAUUCAUGUGCCAAAGUUGUCACAAUACUGUAAAAUUCAUCACUAAGGUUGUACGCAGGGAGAUUUCUGUUAGGGAUACUCAACAGUUCCACCAUUUCAAGGAUGGCCUCUGUUCGUGUGGGGAUGUAGGCUACUGGGGAAAGUCUAAUAUGUAAUACUGCUGUAAUAAUUCCUAACCUUUUGUUGACUAGUGAUAAAGUAAAGGAAUGACAAGUUCAUAUAUGCAGUCAACAAUGUUUAAUGGGUUUAUGGAUUACGGAAUGGCACUUAGAAGCAGAAUGCAACCUGGCAAUGAACUGACCAUGAUAAUUGCAUGCAGAAAAGCUUGGAAUUUGAUCAUUUUCAAGUAUGAUGGUGGACUUAGAGAGAGAAGAACAUGCUUUUCCAGGAUGGGAAAAAGACAUCAGAAUCACCUCCUACUCAAGGCAUUGUUUUCUUAAUGAGGGUUGUUGUAUACUGUGGUUUUAUUUCCUCUGGAUUUGAUUUAUCUAAGUUCCCAGUAAAUGGUCCCCAAAAACCCAUCCAGGGUUUUCCUGUACAGUGUAUGCUUUUGUAAAUAUUAAUGUAUAUGGUAUAAUAUUGAGAUAAUUCUUUUUUCCAAAUUUUGUCAUCUGGGUAACAUCCAUGUCAUCGUAUAUCCCUAUGAAAGUUAGGCUA